CACACCACACCCAUGGCCUGCAACAACCUCUGCUCCCCCUGCGGACCCACCCCGCUGGCCAACAGCUGCAACGAGCCCUGUGCCCUGCAAUGCCAGGAUUCCCGCGUCAUCAUCAACCCUUCCCCUGUGCUGGUGACCCUGCCAGGACCCAUCAUGACGUCCUUCCCCCAGAACACCGCCGUCGGAUCCACCUCCUCGGCUGCUGUUGGCAGUGAACUCAAUGCCCAGGGACAGCCCAUCUCGGGUGGAUUUGGCCUUGGCUACGGCCUUGGCUAUGGCCGUGGCUUUGGCUACGGCCUGGGAGGCCUGGGCUGCUACGGCAGAAGGGGCGGCUACACCUGCUAA